ACUUCAUUUGUAAAGGAAAAUGUCGACCUUAUUCAAGAAACCUCGGCGAAAUUUUCGCAAGAAAGUAAUAACCAUAGAUAGCGAUUCUGACAAUGAUAGUAAGGACGAGAAUAAUUUUGACAAUGAGCAGAGUGAUAUCAAAUCCCAAACCUUCAGUAGUGACCAAAUCAAAAAGUCGAAGAAAAAGAAGAAAGAGGAAUCCCAAGGAAUGCAUCGUAGUAGCAGCGUUCUCAGCUUCAAAGAAGAAAACGAAGAAGGUGAGGUUUUUAAGGUGAAGAAGUCAAGUCACAGUAAGCGGAUUGCCAAACAGCUAAAGUUGGCCUCUAAGUUAGCAAGAGAGGAAGAGGAGAAAAGUAAGAAGAGGGAGGAUAAUUCCCCUUUGAGGGCCUCCCCGGUCCACAGGGAGGACUCGUACGAGGACAAAGAUGAAGAAAUAAGGAGGUUACGUGCGGAGUUUCAGACGUUGAAUGGCGAGGACCUUGAAGAGAAUGAGAGUGAGGAAGAGACGGAGGGCGGCAGUCAGCUGAAGAAGAUGAUGAAGAAGGGGGAAAUCCCAGAUGCUAAUAUGAUUCACAUGAUCAGAAAGCGACGACAACAGGCAAGGGAUUUUGGAGACUACAUUCCACUGGAUGAUACUGAGAGAGCGGAAAACAACAAGUCACGACUCGUCAGGGAUGAUGACAACGAUAAGUCUGAUGAUGAAGAUGAUGAGAGGAUGGACUUCUCUGUGAACACACAGGCACGAGACAGGAUUAAAAUUCAAAAUGACUUCUUGGCAAGGCAUGGAUCGGACAACGAGGACAGUGACCAGGAGCGAGAGUGGGAGGAGCAACAGAUUAAAAAGGGGGUCAGCCUAGGGUCAGAGCAACAGACAGAUGGAAGUGUUCCAGCAACACCUGUACACAAUGACCAGUACAAUGGAUAUCAAGAAACAAUACUGGAGAAGAAACCAUUCACACCAUUCCAGAGUUUGACCAAGUCCGCGGGUUCUACUAUAAUUAGUAUGGAGGUCAUCAGAAAACGUCUACAAGACAGGUUGAACUCUAUGGAUGAAGUUCAUCGUAGCCACACUCGAGAAAGAGACUCGUUAGUUAGUGAUAUUAGCGAUACAGAGAAAAGCAUUGACACCUGUCAAGAACAAGUUGCAGGCUUGGAAGAGCGUUACCGCUUUUUCCAAGAAAUGAGGGGGUAUGUCAGAGACUUGGUUGAUUGUCUCAGUCAGAAGGUACCAGAGAUUGAUAAUCUAGAACAGAGAAUGCUGACACUGUGGCUGAAUAGAGCGCGGAAACUGGUGUCGCGUCGACAGCAGGACGUCAGAGAUCAAUGUCAGGAGUACAUGACAAGCACAGCUAAUGUGGAUAUGAACUCACCUGAGGCACAGGAGAGACAGAGACGAGCAGCAGAGAGGGAGGCUCGCAGAUCACGCAGGAGACGAGCGAGAGAACUAAAAGACAUAGUGGGGCACCAUGACGGCUUGUCAUCAGACGAAGAAGAAAAUCAAUCAGAAAUAGCAAAAUAUAACCUGGAAAAAGAGUCGGUGCUGGGGUCCCAGGAGCGCGUCUUUGAGGACGUCGUGGAGGACUUCAGCGAGGUGGAGAGUGUCCGCGAACGCUUUGAGGACUGGAAACAGACAUACAGGGACACCUACCAGGACGCCUACAUAGGACUCUGUCUCCCUAAACUGUUUAAUCCCUAUAUCAGACUUAGUCUUAUCAACUGGAACCCACUAGAGGCUAACUGUUUGGACUUUGAGGACACUAGAUGGUUCGAUACUCUCAUAUUUUAUGGCUUCAAGCUCCAGGAGACGAUAUCUAAGGGAGACGAUGAUGUAAGACUACUGCCAUCCAUUGUAGAAAAAGUUAUAUUACCAAAAUUAACAGUGCUAGCGGAGUCUGUCUGGGAUCCAUUAUCCACAACACAAACAUCCCGUUUGGUGAACGUUGUCUCCAAGCUCAUCCGAGAUUAUCCAUGUAUCCAGGCCAACAACAAAACUACACAGCAAUUACUUAAUGUGAUUGUCAAAAGGAUCAGAACCACACUAGAAGAUGAUGUGUUUAUGCCUCUGUAUCCAAAGUCGGUUUUGGAAAACAGAUCCUCCAACUCCUCUGUGUUUUUCCACAGGCAGCUGUGGGUGUGUAUAAAGUUGCUAGGUAACAUCCUGAGCUGGCAUGGUAUUUUAUCCAAUCAGAUGCUGCUGAGUUUAUCACUGGAUGGACUCCUCAAUAGAUACAUCAUUCUGGGGCUGUGUAAUUCUGGUGUAAAUAAAGAGACAAUACAGAAGUGUCAGUCUAUUAUCUCCACAUUCCCGCGGGAGUGGUUCAGUGAUCUAGACGAGGACAGGACGAUGCCACAGCUAGAGAACCUGAGUCGUUUUCUGGUGUCCGCAGCCAAGACCCUGUACACCGAGGGCCACAGUAAACUCGACUUCGACAAGAAAGAUUCCAGGGAGUACAUCAAACAGAUCAGUAAGAUGCUGGUUAAUAUCCACGCCAUGGAGUAUGCUGUCAAUCUCCCUAUGUGAGAGAAAUACAUGUGUUUGUCUAUUGCGUCUAGAAAAUGCGGAACAGGAUUCUGAGUAAGGUUUUGUGAUAUUGACCUGUUAUCACUAGUGAUAUUGACCUUUGGUCACUAGUGAUAUUGGCAUCACAAGUGAUAUUGACCUUUCACCACGGGUGAUAUUGACCUUCCAGCACUACUGAGGCUGACCAAUGUUGACCCACCAACAAUGGCCAACUGUUGACAUUGUGGUCAUGAAAUGGAUUCUCAUCCAGUAGCAAUCAAAGAUUUCAGAAUCUUGAUACAUGAACUCUUAAUUUGACAUUAGACACUACUCUCCAGUUGUGUUAUUGCCACUGUUUUAAAAAGGAUGCUUGUUUUGAUUCACUAGGAUAUAACUUUAUCAGCUAGAUAAGUUGAAUGUGAUUCAGACUUCCGAGUGAUGAAAUCAAAUAAUUGGGUUCAUUGUUAACUGAUUUGACUGUAAAUGUAAAAAGGUUAUAAACAAAGUCAAUUUCUUUAUGGUCAGAUGAAUCUGUUUAUAUGUACAGUAUAAUAUGUCAUAAAAAUCAAUGACAGAUUUGAAAUAAAAGCAAGUAACAUCAAGACCA